AUGGAGAGGGCAAAGUGCGUGAGAAAGGGCUGGGACAGAACAGGACAGAACGGAUCAACAGGACACAGCGCUGCCGAGGGAGCAACACAACGCUCAGUUUGGCACAAGUCGUCCAAUCCUGCCCCCGUCUUCAAAAGCCCAGUUUCGUUCUGCGUCCUGUUCGUCGCAAAUCUGGACUUUGAGGCUCGCGUCCCCGUUCCCUUUAGCAUCUUCCCAUCGACAUAUCGGGAAUCCGAAUCCCAUACCCAGACCGUUACCGAAACAAAAACCCACGAAGAGGUUGAGAUCAAACCCCAACAGCCCCAAGCCGGACGGGAAGGUCAAUACUCUUCUGUCUCUGUCACCGCCGAACAGGUUCCUCCUCGCGGAGAGCAACGCUUUAGCGAAGAAGAGGUCCGUAUUACGCGUGAAGAAGAACGUUACCGCCGUCCCGGUGUCCAAAAAUUCGAGCACGAAGAAGAGCACUUUACUAUCCGUGAAGACUCGCGACGACCUGAACCUCCCUCUCAAUACCAACCCUCUCAGUACCAACCACCCUCCCAAUACCAAACUUCUCACACUCACGUAGAGGUCGACACCCACCGUCAUCCCUACUACUCCACCCCCAUCGAUCUCGCUGAACGUGAAUACCGCCAGCGUUACCGCCCUGCCCAAGCCUUUUCCACUGAAGACCCUACUUCCCACUCUCACUCUCACACUCACUACCAAACUCAAGACAACUUCCAAGCCAACAACUACACCGUUGAAGGCCGACCCGCUCCCCAAUUCUAUUCCUCCGAGAAGACUGAAAUCAACAACUUCACCGUUGACGGACGUUCAUCUCGCCCUCAGUACAACCAGACCGAGAAGACCGAGUUCAACAACUUCACUGUUGACGGCCGUUCUUCCCGACCUCAAUACACUUCUGAGAAGACUGAAAUCAACAACUUCACCGUUGACACACCUGUUGCUCGUCCAUCUAACAAGAAGGACGUGAGAUUCACUGAAGAAACCGUCGAAACUACCAAGGUCGACAACAAGUCCAAGAUGGGUUACUACGACGACGACGGUCACUACAACUCUUUCCGCGCCGGUGCUCACAAGCUCGGUGAUCGCAUUGCCCAUGGAGGUCGUCGCGAUAUCGAGAUUGACAUCCACGAGGGUCCUCGUCCCUCUGCUGACUGCCUUCCCAACACCGUCAGCAUCCCCUGCCACCAUAUCCGCCUGGGUGACUUCUUGAUGCUCCAGGGCCGCCCCUGCCAGGUCAUCCGCAUCUCUACCUCCUCUGCCACCGGUCAGUACCGCUACCUUGGUGUCGAUCUCUUCACCAAGCAGCUCCACGAGGAGUCCUCUUUCAUCUCCAACCCUGCCCCCAGCGUUGUCGUUCAGUCCAUGCUCGGCCCUGUCUUCAAGCAGUACCGUGUCCUCGACAUGCAGGAGGGUCAGAUCGUUGCCAUGACUGAGACUGGUGACGUCAAGCAGGGUCUCCCCGUCAUUGACCAGUCCAACCUCUACUCCCGCCUCAGCAGCGCUUUCGAGUCCGGCCGUGGCUCCGUCCGUGUCCUCGUCCUCAACGACGGCGCUCGUGAGCUCGCCGUUGACAUGAAGGUCAUCCACGGCUCUCGCCUGUAA